ACACACACACACGCUGGGUGUUUUACUGUACUGACAGCAGCUGCGCCUGACUCUCAUCUCCGGAUCAUUUUAACACUUCUUCUUCAUCCUGCUUUAAUUCUUUACAUUAAAAAAAAGGGCACAAAAUGGGGAAAGUGGAAGGUGGAAUGAAAUGCGUGAAAUACCUGCUCUUCAUAUUCAACUUCAUAUUCUGGCAAGAAGAAAAGAAAGGAAAACACCCCCUUUCUUUCCAUUUCCCCCCCACCUUUGCCUGCCUGCGUCUCAGUGUGUGUUUAUCCCCUCGGCCAUGGAAAGUUAAUGGGUUCUCUGGUGUUGGCUAUUGGUUUGUGGUUGCGGUUGGAAAAUGACACAGUGUCUCUCCUGGACAGCGGCAGAGCACCGGACACCUUCUUCAUUGGAGUGUACAUCCUGAUCGCAGCAGGGGGGUUGAUGAUGUUGGUCGGCUUUUUCGGAUGCUGCGGUGCUGUCCGAGAGUCUCAGUGUCUCCUCGGCUCGUUCUUCGCCUGCCUCGUGAUCAUUUUCGCAGCCGAAAUUGCUGCUGGUGUUUUUGGAUUCCUGAAUAAAGACACGAUCAUUGAGGAGAUUCAGACGUUUUAUAUAGAAUCUGCUAAAGACAGUAACAACACGGCGAUUCUCACCAGCUACCAUCGAGUCCUGAACUGUUGCGGCACUGCGGAUUCGCUAAAAACUCUCUGUCCCGACCGAUCCUCUGACACCAAGAACUGUGACGUAGCCAUCGGAGACUUUUUCAAGAGUAAACUCUUUAUCAUCGGAUACGUGGGGAUCGGAAUCGCCGGAGUCAUGAUUAUCGGGAUGAUCUUCAGCAUGGUGCUGUGCUGCGCGAUCCGGAACAGCCGUGAGGUCAUCUAACUUCAUGACCUUUUCACCUUUAACCUCUGUGCCAGUUUUUUUUUUUUUUUUUUACAGACACAACAAGAGCUUCGAGAUCAACAAACAUCUCGUGUUUUUUUUUUUCCCCCCGUCAUUCAGAACAUCCAGUCAGAAGCUAAUGGAAGGAAGUCUUACUCUCAACUUUUUUAGUUUGUUUGGAUUGAUUCGUUUUUCUUUUUCACUUUACCUGCUGGAUAGGUGUCGUAAAUAUUCAGUUUGUGAAGCUGUUUUAAGGAAUGUAAUUUAAUUUAAUUUAUAUAUUUCUGUCGAUGUCUAAACCAGGAGGCUGUUGAGAUGCGGAAUUUAAAGACCGGGGUCUCUGAGGUCACAUGACCGAGGGAGAUUAAAACCAGUGAGGUCUAGUAUGUUAUAGCGAGCGUAAAUAACGCAUGAAGUCCUGUUUAACGGUCCGAGUGCACUACCGCAGGGAGCGUGUUUAAGAUUAAUGUGGUUUGGGACACGUCCACGGUAGACUUGAUGAUGUUAAUCUAGAGUUAGUGCUUGACAGCUGGUAGAUAAAUAAUCCCUGGUAGUGCACUCAGCCGUUUGGACCUGAUUAACACCAUAUCUGAAUUGCAUUUUUGAUGUUUGCUCACAUCCAUGUUGCAUUACAUAGUCGCUGCCUUUCCUAAGGACAGGUUUGUAAAUAUUAUUGAGAUUUAUACUCCAUUUUUGUAAUGUGUGUGAUGGUGAAUAUCUGUGACGUGCUGUUGGUUUGUGUAAAAGCUAGUCAUUGUCAUUUUUAAGUCAUUCCUGUUCGACGAUGACGUAUACGAUCAAUUAAGGUGCCUUGCUCUUUUAUACGACGUAUAUAACCUGAGCGCUUCAACCCAUCCAGUUCAUAUGAUACAGAUGCAGCUUUUUUGCGUUUCAGUCCUGUUUUCAACACACACUUUGUCCACUUCUAUCUUACCAGAUAGUGGAAAUGUGUUGUGUAAGUCAGUACGUUUACAUGGACAAUAAUAAUCCGAUUAAGACGAUACUCUGAUUAAGAAACUGGCAUGUAAACAGCGAUUAUUGAGGACCUUAACCCGACUAAAGUCAUACUCGAAGUAAACACAAAUGGAAUCGAGACGUGUGGAGUACUCCUGUUUUAGUCGCAUUAUCGACGUGCGUUACAGACAUGUACACACCUUAAUCACACUAUUAACGUCGUGUGGGAGUUUUCACCGCAUUGUGCGACAGGACACGAUCACACACGGCAGCGCUCGACCGUUUAACGACAAACAAGAGAGCACGACUGCGUCCCAAACGGCAUACUAAUCUACUGUAUAGUAGGCAAAAUACAUGUAUCUCUAUAUACUAUAUAGUAGGUAAGUACGUGGUUUGGGACGCAGCCCACCGCUUCAAGCAGUCGUCUAUUUGCACGUAUAGCAUGAGAAAUAAUUAACCGCACUUGAAGCUUUCAUAAAAUAAAAAAUUAAACACUCAAAACUGUAUACGGUUCCAUAACGAAGACCAACUGUUCGUCGAUACGUGAAAUUCUGGAGCGACGUCGGACGGCGUGACGCGGGGACGUAAUGACGUGUGACAUUAAUCGAUCUAUGUUCUAUAACAUGUAAAACCUGAACAUGAAAGGAGUAUUCUAAAAGCGACUCAUAUAAACACCUUAAUCAGAAUAUUGUCUUAUUCAGAAUAAGGUCGAUAAUUAGAUUACUGCUGUCCGUGUAAACACAGUCAGUGUUACAUGAGCGGUCCCUCCAGGAUUUCGUGAUUUUGAGAUCGCAGAAAUGAACGCAAAAUCAAGCAAACUCCGCAAAAUUACUGCAGAUUUGGGCCAAAACGUGUCAUGUGACAUCACAACGCGCAUUCAGCCUUCUUUGAUUCACGUGCGUCGAACGUGAGUACAGCUAAAAGCUCGGGUUUACCAACAAACAUCACUGCGAAAGACUGUGCGCUUGCAAUUUCCCCAAUUCGAGUAGCAUCGCAAAUUCUGAAGAAGAAGAAAAACGCAGCAAAAUCGCACAUUUUUAGUCGCAGCAAUCACAAACAAACUCAGCGAAGUUGAGUUCGCACUAGCCUCUUGUCACAUUAUCACUUGCCAGUGUGAACGGAGGUUAAGAAUUACUUCAGGAACUCAACUUACUUAGAAGCCACCUCCGCAAUCUGACGCCAUUUCCUUUUCAUUUUUUCCAAAUGGAGGACAAAACUUGUAAGAAUAAACAAAAAAAAAACCCACUUUCCAGUAAAUGAAACUGCUUUACUUUUCUGUUAAGUAACUACUUAAACAUACCAGCUAGCUGACUAGCACGCCAGUGUAGAAAAGUAAGACAAUUCCAUCAGCUGUCUCCAUGAUGGACACAGAUAUUGAGCUGAAGUCGACGAGUGUGCACUGGAAACAGGAAUGAAACGCCCGAUUAGCUAAAACUCCUUUAAAAACAUAGACUGAGUGAAGAUCAAUAGUAAUACUGAACGUUUCCAUGAGUAGGUUUAGUGUAUUCAUUCUCUUCUUGAAGACGCUGUGUAGGCAUGUGCUGAUGAUAUUCAGUAGAUAUACACAAACAUGACGCAGUUAAACAAUGAACUCUUAUUUUGUAUUUAUAUUCCCGGAGAAGCCAGUCUCGUCAGUCUGUUCCUCAGACAAGAACGACCACGAAAGCCAGAACUACUGUUCUGUCAUGCGUACUAUUCAGACUGGAUUCUAGACGUAUUUCUGUUAAGUGAUGUAGCCAAAGGACAAUAAAGGUGCGUUCGGAGACCAUUCGUUUUCAAGGAGAGCUGGCGACCGUACGCGAAUAGAUGUGGGCGUGUCCAGAGAUGUGACAAAGUUGGAAUUUGGAGCGACUUUGCGUAGCGACUACCAACGGGAGCGAAGACGGUAGGGCGCGAGUGAUCCGUGACCCCUCGUACUGCCGGCGAGUCCGAAAUGUUUCGUGUUAAUAAAUGUUACUAUGGCAACCAGUAGUAGGAACGCCUACUUGCGACAUCAUAGUACAGCGACGGUUGAUAAAAUCGCUGUAUGUGUGAACGUAGCUUAAGCGAUCUCAGAAUGGGCGUGUCUUCGCGGUGUACGCAGCAACGGUUCCGCUGCAUACGUCUCGGUUUAAUACAAACUGUUAAAAAUAACUAGGCUUAAAGUCAAACCAUCGUUUAAUCUUGUUGUCAGUUUUGCAGUUAGCCUUGAAUUUUUUGAUUUGAACAGCACAAAUAAAAUGCAAUCUUGUUGCUAUUACACUGCCGGUCGAAAGUUUGUGGACACUCGACUGAAAUGUUUGUCAUGAUCUUAAAAACCUUUUGAUCUGAAGGUGUAUACAAAAAUAUAAUCGCGACGACGUGUCCAUUUCUUUAAUUAGAAAACGAACAUUUUAUUUACAAAAAAAAAUGUGUAUAAACGAUGAUUUCAAUAAAGAUGAAACAAGAUGAUCGAGAACUCAAAAUUAAACCUACCUCUCCCGUUCAAUUACGAUGCGAAAGGGAAGAGGAGGAGCCAAAACAGGAAAUUACACAGACCAAUGACAUCAUGACAAUUAAAGGGGAAAGUACUCACACAAGUAGACAGCUACAUCAGGUAUACAUUUCCUUUUGUGUAAUUCUACAUAUUAAAUGUAUGGAAUACUUUCCAUACCCGUUACACAAGGAGUAGAUUUAUUUGUGCCCGAGCUGAAGGUGAGCGUGAUGAUGUAUAAUGAAGCUGAAAUUCGAAAGAAACCCAGCUGAGAUACACAUUAACGUCACGGUGUUGCGUAAACAAUUUAAUAAGGAUCAAAUGUCACAUCAGCACAUGCCUAAAGCUGAUUAAGAACAGGACCUUAAAGUAAACUGGGGACCUGUGUGUUGGUUUUGAGGUUGUGUGUGUGUGUGUGUGUGUGUGUGUGUGUGUGUGUGUGUGUGUGUGUGUGUGUGUUCACAGCUGCUCAGAAUGUAGGAGAUGCAUGUACAGUAUGUUGUAUGUAACAUUGCAUGGCUUCACAUAGCAGCUUAGAUCAAACCUUUUGUGUUGUAGUCAUUUUUUUUAACAAGCUUGUUUUUCGUACUGUAAACAACACAUUGUUGUUGUUGUUGUUGUCUUUUUGGGUAUUGAAACAUGUAAUUUAUUUAUUGGCUAAUGAGUUCAAACAGCAGUUAGGCCUCUCAGGAUGGAAGAUUGACUUAAAAGAACAAAUAAACUUUUCUGAGGUUUUA